AUGGGAGCAUAUCUCUCUGCUAAAGAGAUUGCAUCACAAUUACCUACUAAAAAUUCACAAGCAUCACAAAUGGUGGAUCGCAUCCUACGCCUUCUUGCUAGCUAUUCUGUAGUUACUUGCACCAAUUCUGUUAACAAGCUAGAUGGUGAUAACAACAGCACAAACUGGCUCUAUGGCUUAGCACCCAUUUCCAAAUAUUUUCUGAACAGCGAAGGAAACACGUCGCUCGCUCCUCCAAUGCAUUUGCUACACUGCAAGGCCUUCAUGGAUAGCUGGUAUGGCCUAGAAGAUGCAGUUCUUGAAGGUGGAGUUCCAUUUAACAGGGUCCAUGAAAUGCACGUGUAUGAAUAUACUGCCAAAUUUUAUGAAUAUACUGCCAAAUUUCCCCAAUUCAAUGAACUCUUCAACAAAGCAAUGAUAAACUUGACUCGUCUUCUUAUGGAAAAUAUCUUAGAUAAGUAUAAAGGCUUCAAGAAUCUUAAAGAGUUGGUUGAUGUUGGAGGAGGGCUUGGACUCACGCUUCAAAUGAUCACCUCUAAAUAUCCCAACAUCAAAGCUAUCAACUUUGAUUUGCCUCAUGUUAUCCAAGAUGCACCUCCGUAUUCCGGUGUUCAAUACAUCAGUGGAGAUAUGUUUACGAAAGUUCCCAAAGGAGAAGCCAUUUUGUUGAAGUUUAUACUUCAUAAUUGGAAUGAUGACCGUUGUUUGAGGCUAUUGAAGAAUUGCUAUGCUUCAGAAACAGUUGAUACUAAUGAAGAGAACAAGAAUCACUUUUCCCAGCUUGAAUUUAAUUAUGCUGUUCCAAAUUGCUGA